GGUGGCUGGUUUUUGCCGCUGAUCCUGGAGCCGCCUGGAGGAGGCACCCUCGAGGGCCUGUCCCCCACCCCACAUGGCUUUGGCAGCGUCCAGCAUGGGAGACCUGGGCGCCUGCCCCCGUCUAGCACAGACUCCCCGGAACUGGUACUGACCCCCAGCCCCUCACCGGGCCGGUGCCCUGCAUCUGGUGCUGCCAGAACCAGCCACCCCACUUGCACCCCGAGCCAGCAGGAGACGGAGGCUGCUGAGCAGAUGGUGCGGCACCAUGUCAGGUGACUACGAGGAGGACGUGUGUCGCGGUGCGCUCACCCUGCUCAAGGAGCUCUGCUUCUCCCUGCGGGCACUGGAGCAACACGAGAAAUGCCUGGAGUUCACCGACCUGCUGCGUAACCGGGGGCAUCCCCCGCCCACUGACUCGGACAUCUCCGUCAGCCUGCUCUCCGUCAUCGUCACCUUCUGCGGCAUUGUGCUGCUCGGCGUCUCGCUCUUCGUCUCUUGGAAGCUCUGCUGGAUCCCCUGGCGGGACAAGGGGACCUCGCCGGCGCCGCGCAAGGACCACGCCCUCCACGGCCACCUGCACCACUCGCCCUACGGUGACCUGCUGGUGGAGCGGGUCGAGCUGGGCCCUGAGAUGCCCGAACGCUCCUACCUCGACAUGGACUCCUACCCCGAGGCCACCCUCAAGCUGAGCCAGACCUCGCCCGACCUGCCGGUGGAGGGGCAGGUGGUCCCUAAGGAGGGCGGCGGUUUGCCCAACGCACACUCCCACCAGCAGGUGGCCACCCUGGCGCCCGCCCCCAGGUACAACACCCUGCCGCGCCCCUUGACCCAGCAGCUCUCCAGCCCGGAGGUGGUCGGCCACGGUGGGGAGGACAAGCCAGAGCAGGCCACCAGCAUCGGUCAGAUCAAGCCGGAGCUGUACAAGCAGCGGGCGGGCGAGGCGGAGCAUCGUAAGGCGGAGGGUCCUCCCUGUGGGCGCAUCUGCUUCGCCCUGCGCUACGCCUACGCCUCGGAGCAGCUGGUGGUGAAGAUCCUGCGGGCGCUGGACCUGCCGGCCAAGGACGCCAACGGCUUCUCCGACCCCUAUGUCAAGAUGUACUUGCUGCCCGACCGCAAGAAGAAGUUCCAGACCAAGGUGCACCGCAAGACGCUCAACCCCAUCUUCAACGAGACCUUCAACUUCAACGUCCCCUUCGCCGAGCUGCCGGGACGCAAGCUGCACUUCAGCGUCUACGACUUUGACCGCUUCUCCCGCCACGACCUCAUCGGGCAGGUGGUGCUGGACAACUUGCUGGAGAUGGCGGAGCGGGAUGAGGAGGCGCCCAUCUGGAGGGAUAUCCUGGAGGGCAGCUCGGAGAAGGCCGACCUGGGGGAGGUGAAUUUCUCCCUCUGUUACCUGCCCACCGCCGGCCGCCUGACCGUGACCAUCAUCCGGGCCUCCAACCUCAAAGCCAUGGACCUGACCGGCUUCUCAGACCCCUACGUCAAGGCCUCGCUCAUGUGCGAGGGGCGGCGGCUGAAGAAGCGCAAGACGUCCAUCAAGAAGAACACCCUGAACCCCAGCUACAACGAGGCCCUCGUCUUCGACAUCCCGCACGAGAGCGCCGAGCACGUCAGCCUCACCAUCACUGUCAUGGACUACGACUGCAUCGGGCACAAUGAGGUGAUCGGGAUGUGCCGGGUGGGGAGCGAUGCCGAGGGUCCAGGCCGGGAGCACUGGGCUGAGAUGUUGGCCAAUCCCCGCAAACCCAUCGAGCACUGGCACCAGUUGGUGGAGGAGAAAACCCUCAACAGCUACAUCUCCAAGAGCGCCCAGCGCGACAAGCCCAGCAUCGUAGUGCAGAGUGUCCCAUCGGACUAGCUACCCCCGAGACCCCCAGGGACCGUGAGUAUCCAG